UAAAAUGUGGGUCAAAUGCGGUACUUUUCGAUUUUUUUACGAUUUUGUUUAGCCUUAGAAUUCGAUAGAAUCUCAAAUACGAUUCCCAAUUAUAGUUUUCGUUUUCAUCCCCAGUAGUAUAUUCUCCAAUAGAGACGGUAUAAUUUACAUUUGCAGCAAAAGGAAAAAAAUUGUUGCCGCCGAUCUUAUUCAGCAAGAGUGUGACUUUGUAGAAAUGGGUGAUCAGAUAAGUGAAGUUGAAGAACUGGAACGCAUAUUUGCUGAUACAAGAGCAGAGCCAAUCAAGAUAUCCUAUGCUGCUAUUAAAUAUGUUACAAAGAAUUUCGCGGAAGUGAUAGGUCGUGGUGGAUUUGGGGUGGUUUACCUGGGAGGUCUUCGAAACGGGAUGGUUGCUGUGAAGAAACUUUUCGCAACGAUGGAUCUUUCUGAACUUUUCGCAACGAUGGAACUUUCUCAUAAGCAAUUUUUGGAUGAAGUUAUCUCCCUAGCGAAGCUAAACCACAAAAAUGUUGUAAGAUUUCUAGCAUACUGUGUAGAGACAACACUUGAAGUCAGGGAAGCAGAAGGAAAACUUGCGGAUAUUGAGGUGCAGCAAAGGUUUCUCUGCUUUGAGUAUGCACCUAAUGGAAACCUUCACCAUUAUCUUCAAGAAAAAACUCAUGCGCAUGAAUGGAGCGUGUGUUAUGAAAUAAUUAAGGGAAUUUGUCACGGUUUGUGUUAUAUUCAUGACAAAAGAAUCUUUCAUUUAGAUCUCAAACCUGCUAAUGUGCUGCUGGGUGCCAAUAUGGAGCCAAAAAUUUCAGAUUUUGGUCUAUCAAGGGUUUUCAAUGAAAACGUGGCUACGGUUGUCACUAAAAACAUUGCGGGAAGACUCGGAUAUAUGGCACCAGAAUUGAUUGAUCAAGGCAAAGUAUCAUUGAAGACAGAUAUAUUCAGUCUGGGUAUUAUCAUGAUAAGAUUAUUAGUACGGCAUAAUGAUACUAUUAUUGAAAAUUGGCAUGAGACAAUAGAUGCAAACUGCCCAAAAAUGAAGAGAUGCAUUGAAAUAGCACGAAUUUGUGUCGACCACGACCCACAUAAAAGACCUACCUUGUAUGAUAUCAUUUGCGCACUUGAUGACAUAGAAAUAACCGUUGAAGAAGAUCCUCCAAUUAUUAAUGAGCCAAGAAAUGAUCCAAGGUCUUCAUUAUACUAGAUGAAGUCACUUCGUUGCAUUCAAAUGCACCAGCACGUAAGAAUGAUAACAUCCAUGAACAAGGGGGCAUGUAACUGCAUUUUUUAAGUCUUCUAGUGCUGGAAAGGGGUCAUCAAACUGAAUCUGAAGCUGUAUAGCUUACCAGCAAGUAAUUGCAAAUGGGCACAUAAGGAAAAGAUGGAAUAAAGUCUACUGUUCCAUUCUGGCAAUAGACACAAUUGUAUGAAGGCAGAUCCAUGUUGCAUCGCGGAAGAAUGUCUCUGGUACUUAACCUAUCAACAAGAAGUAACGAGAAGAAGACACAAUGUUUGUUUAGGCAUCAUGAUUUCCAGAGCCACUUAAAAACUGGAUAAAUCAUUCUGUGACCAGUUAAUUGCCUAUAAAGCUUUGACAUAUGAGAAAAGAGGUGACCCCAAAUAUAAAUCCAAUUGAAUCUGUUGUCUUGGGUUGAGGCUUGAAGGGCUUUAGGUUGGGCCAGCACCAUUGUGGCACGUGGACUGCGCCGCAUGGUGCCAGGGCCGGCUCCAUCGUGAUUGCUCCAAUUUGGGCAUGGAUCUUGCUCAAGACGUCUAUAUUUCCAGAAGCUCGGAUGACCUUAAUUUGCUACUUUUUUACCUGAUUUAGAAACAUGCUUUGAAAAAAGAAAGCACAACUCCUCAAAGUCGUUACUUUGCAGGUUGUCCUAAGAUUUCGGGCUCUGCCGCCUCUUGGUGAAAAUUCCAGAUGCAUCUUGUGGGCUUGAAUGGAGAACGCGGUACCAAAUAAUCAAGGGAAUAUGUGAGGGCUUACACAAUCUUCACAGAAAUCAUAUUGUUCACUUAGAUAUCAAACCUGAUAAUAUAUUACUGGAUGAUAACAUGGCACCAAAAAUUGCUGAUUUUGGUAUAUCAAGGCGCUUUGGUGAAAAUCGAAGCCAGACUAUUACAGAAAACAUGAUUGGAUCACGGGGAUAUAUGGCACCAGAAUUCUAUAAAGGAGUGAUCACAUUUAAGACAGAUAUAUAUAGUCUUGGAGUUACAAUCACACAGAUAUUGAUUGGGAAGAAGUACUAUUCUGCUACGGACAAUCUGGAGGAACAGAUUGGAAGCAUCGUUGGAAGACACAAUACUCUUGGAACAAGAGUAUGUGCUGAGAUAAGCGAAGCUUGCAUUAACGGAGAUCCAGCAAAGAGGCCAGAUACAUGGCGUAUAAUCAAGAUGCUUGUUGAAACUGAGACGGACGAUAGAGCAGUAGCCGUGAUGGACAAGGACGCCGCAGUAUUCGAUAAAGUGAAUACUGUAUCCAUGGAACUUGAUGUCCCGGAGUGCAUAUUUGAGGGAAGCAAGAAACCUGGUAACCUGUGCUAUCAACUAUUACGAUUCAUCACUGGAAAUUUUUCGGAUGAGCAAAUAAUUGGCAAGACUGGAUUCGCAAACAUAUUCAAGGGCACCCUUGGGCUGCGGAACGUUGCUGUGAAGAGCUACAGGAGCAUCCAUAUUGAUGAUCAGAAGUUCCAUAAUGAGGUUAUAGUAAUGUUGCUAGCUCAGCACAAAAACAUUGUAAAGUAUCUAGGCUACUGUUCUCAUACAGAAAUAGAGGUGUUUGAAGUUGAAGGAAAAUUUGUCAUAGAUGCGACGCGGGAAAGGGUGCUCUGUUUUGAAUAUUUAAGGAACGGGAGCCUUGAUGGCUAUGUUUCUGAUGCAUCUUGUGGACUUGAAUGGAGACCACGGUACCAAAUAAUCAGAGGAAUUUGCGAGGGCUUACACUACCUCCACGGAGAGCGCAUCGUUCACUUAGAUCUUAACCCUACUAGUAUACUGCUGGAUGAUAACAUGGUACCAAAACUUGGUGAUUUUUAUCUAUCAAGAUUCUUGGGAGAAAAUGAAAGUCAGACUACUGCAACAAGCUCUUUUGGAACACGGGGAUAUAUGGCACCGGAAUUCCUGGAUACUCAAGUUAUCACAUUCAAGUCAGACAUAUAUAGCCUUGGGGUUACAAUCACAGAGAUACUAAUAGGACACAAGCAUUAUUCUGCUAUUGAGAAUGUACUUGAAUGCUGGAAGAACAGAUUAUUGCAUAUGUCCUCCGCAGACAUGGUCUUAUUGGAACAAGUAAGAGUAUGCGCUGAGAUAAGCAGCGCUUGCAUAGGCGAUGACCCCGACAAAAGGCCAGAUAUGAGACGUAUAAUCGAGAUGCUUGAUGAAGCAGAAAAUAAUGUGGAUGCCUUAUAUGUGGAACUUGAUGUCAUCGAGUGCAUACUUGAGGGAGGCAAGGAGCCGAGUAUACUAUCACAUCAAAUUUUACUGUUCAUCACUGGAAUUUUUUCUCGUGAGCAAGAAAUUGGUCGAAGUGAAUACACAAUCACGUAUAGGGGUAUCCUGCGACAGAGGAGCAUUGCUGUUAAGAGGCUCUUGAUGCCCAUAGGUUUUAAUGAACAAAUGUUUCAGAAUCAAGUUAAAACCAUGAUGUUGGCUCAGCACAAAAAUAUAGUACAGUUUCUAGGAUACUGUAGUUAUAACCAACAAGAAGCAGGGGAAUUCGACAUGGCUGACAUGCGGGAAAGACUGACCUGUUUCGAAGAUUUAAGCAACGGGAGCCUUGAUCGCUAUGUUUUGGAUGCAUCACUAGGACUUGAAUGGAGUGUGAGGUAUCAAAUAAUAAAGGGGAUCUGCGAGGGCUUAACACUAUCUUCACGGAAACAAGAUUGUUCUUGGAGAACUCAGACCUAUCAAUAUACUGCUGGAUGACAAAAUGGUACCGAAAAUUUAUAUUUUCUGUCUAUCAAGGUGCUUUGUUGAACACCAAAGUAGGGCUAUUGCGCCAAUCAAAAUGGGAUCAAUGGGAUAUAUGGCACCGGAAGUCUUUGCUGGAUUUAAGAUCACAUUCAUGUCCGACAUAUAUAGCCUUGGGAUCAUAAUCACAGUGAAGCUGACAGGAUGCAAGGACAUACCAAAAGAGAGUGUACUUGAAAGCUGGAGGACCAGACUGGAUACAUCAUUGACAGACAUACUCUUGGAACAAGUAAGAGUAUGUACAGAGAUAAGCAUGGCUUGCGUAAACCCUGACCCAGAAAGUAGGCCAAAUAUCCAGCGUAUAAUCAAGAUGCUAGAUGAAAUAAAAUGUGAGGAACCAACAGAGCAGUAGCGGAGCUGGACAAGAACAAGUGGGCGGCAGUUGAUUGUGCUUUGUAUUUGAGUAGGAUACCUUUGUAUCUCCUAGAUUAUUUGCUGUCCAAAUCAGUAUAUGCUAUGGUGUACAUGUAAUCCACAAAUACAUAGUGCAACUGACCGAGGCAUUGUUGAUUGUGGCCUCAUUUAUCGUUUACAGGGUAUGGGAAUGUUACAUUUUUUUUAUUGCA